AUGUACAAAGAAGUAUAUGAAACGUUAUUGGAUAAUAAUAACGACCUUAAUCAUGUUAAUCAAAUUAAUCAAGUUAAUGUUCAUCAACAAAUACCUGUCUCAAAUCAUCAUGUAAUUCCCCACUCAUCUAAUAAUUGUUUAAAACAAAUUGGUUCACCUUUACGUCGUCCUCAUUCUGGAACAGACGAUGAUCAACCUGAUUCAGAUCUGGAUGAUUUUAUACAUGAUCCUACUACUAAAACAAUUUCAACAACGCAUAAAACUAAUAAAAAGCAGAAAAAAACAAUGAUGAAGAAUAUGAAUAAUAUAAAUAAUAUUAAAAAUAAUAUUACCACUCCCAUCAACUCAUGCGAUGGAAACAAAACAAGUGGUCCUUAUGAAGUUGAACGAUUAAUACCACCGCAACAAACCAAUAAUCAUCAACAUAAUCCAAAUGCAACAACAACAUCUAGUCAGCAUAUUAUCACAAGUCCACCCGCCAUCAACUUGCUAUCUGUUGAAGCUAAAACAUUUGCUCAAACUCGGUUUCCUUUUCCACCUUUUAUUAUUCGAUUCUCAACAUUUAAAAUCCAAGAGCAAAAAGUCUCUGAAGAAUUAUGCAAAUAUCUGAAAGAAAAUAAAAAAAUCGAUCUUGAAUUAAGUGGAUAUCGCAAAUCAUCAUCCAAAUGUUCACCAAAUGAAUGUGAUAUCUUAUUAUUUGUUAAGAACAGUUUAUCUUUCUCUAUUCUUUAUGAUAAUACUAAUUGGCCCAACACUUUAUUAGGUCUUACAUACGUUCGACCAUCUUCACCAUCUAUUCCCCUUCAACUUUCAUUAAUAAUUAAAAAUGUUGGACUAUCUAUUAACUUUGAUGAUUUUUCAAAUGAUAUUAAAAAAACAUACUCCAAUGUGUGCAAUGUUAUUCGUAUGAAAAAUAAAAAUCAAAUGGUCAUUAAAUUAGUUAAAAUUGAAUUCUCAAAACCAGAUCAACGUGUUGAACUGCUGAAAAGGGGGAAAAUAUUUAUUAAAUCACUCACGUAUGAAUCAAGUAAACGAGUUGCUACAGAAAAUGGUCAACAAAAGUGA